GAGUAGAGAACGGAUGAAGGUCCUCCACAUUCAUCAAGACAUUUUCAUCACGAUGACAUCUCUGAAGUUUGCUUUGCAUCUGACCUGUCUAUGCUUGUGGAGAAUGGCUCCGGCAUCUACUCAACAACUUGAAACGUCCCCAACUGUGCGUCAGGAGAUGGGUUUUAUAUCAGCUAAUGUUGGCAAUAGCGUGAAAUUACAAUGUUUCUAUAAGAAUUAUGGCGCAGCAAUGUUCUUCUGGUACAAGCAAUCACUGGGACAGAAACCAAGGCUCAUCUCAACUUUCUAUAAGCAUGAGAAAAAUGGUACAUUUGUUGAUGAAUUCAAAAACGAUCCACGGUUCACAUUAGAAUCUGAAAAUGGAAAGUACCACCUGACAAUCUCGGAGUUACGCAUUUCUGACUCGGCUACUUACUACUGUGUAAGUAUCUAUGCCUACGAGUUUCAAUUUGUCGAGGGCACCACUGUCAAUGUAAAAGGUUCAGGUUUGAAAAUCCAAGCUACAGUUCAUCAGUCAGUGUCUGAGAGCAUCCAGCCAGGAGGCUCUGUGACUCUCAACUGUACAGUACACACUGGGACCUGUGACGGAGAACACAGUGUUUACUGGUUCAAGAAGUCAGAAGAAUCUCAGCCAGGACUCAUUUACACCCAUGGAGGCAGGACUGAUCAGUGUGAGAGGAAACCCAACACACAAACACACACCUGUGUCUACAACCUGCCUAUCAACAACCUGAGUCUUUCUCCUAAUAUGACCUACUACUGUGCUGUUGCCUCAUGUGGACAUAUUCUGUUUGGAAACGGGACAAAGCUGGAUUUACUGGAUAAGGUGGAAUCUCCCAAAUCUCUUGUGUAUUUCUUGAGCGCAGCUUUGGCUUUCACCACCAUCCUGGUUAUUUUAUUGUCCUUCUCAGUGUACAAGGUGAAUAAGAGAAACAGCUGCAAAUGUACAGAGUGUCAAACAGCUUCCAAAACAGCAAAUGCAGAGGGUUACCAAGAUGGAGACAACCUCCAUUAUGCUGCGUUAAGGGAUCCCAGAACCAACAGAUCAAGAAAAGAAAGAGACAACACUGUCAGUGAAUGUGUGUACUCCAGUGUAAGGCAGUAGAAUUUGGUAGGCUUUGUGAUGAACACCUGUUUUGUCCACACCUGUUAAAAUAUCGUCAAUGUUGGGUUAGAACUUUGUACGUCCAAAAUCGUUUUUCAGAAAAUUAUAAUAAGAGCAUGUUUUGAAACAUUUUACCGCGCCAUUUACCUCGAACGAAGUAAAAAUUUGUAAAUGACAAAAUAUGGAGAAAAAGGGUUUCUGCCCUAUAGCUACGAUAUUGAGAAAUGAUGUAGAUUUUCUUGAAACAAAAAUUUUCAGAAAUGUCUACAUUUUCUAAAUAUUAAUUCCGAUACAUACAUGUAUAACUACUUAAACAACCUUGUCCCAUGACAGUACAGCUUUCUGAUGUGGGUUUUUGAUGUGCCGGCGAAGCUGCCAUAUUUCCACUCUCAUUAUUCGAGUUGUUUCAGUCUCUUACUGCUGGACUACUGAAAACACGAGAUGUAUGCCUACCAUUUCAUUUGCAAAGUAAAACCUUAACCAUUGACAAUGUUUACAUGUCACAGAACCAGACAACAUAUUAUUCUCCAUUCCAGGUGAAGUACUGUAUGCUUUAGUCUUUGCAUGUUUUUGUACAUGUUGCUACCCACCCACUGAUGUAAGAAUCUUUGUCUAACUUCCCUUGUGGUCUGCCAUAAAAAUGGAGACAGUACAGAUGCUUUGUGAAGGGUCGGACAUACGAUUAGUUUUUGUUUUCAUGUGGUUCCAAAUAGAAUGUCUUCACGUUGUAAUACAAAGUUUUAUUUUAUUUUUAAA